UUGCCCUAUGAUGAUGCAGGACCCCUGACCUCUGUCUGGACAGUGCUGAUUGGCCCUGUGCUGAUCACAUGCACUCUGCCAAAAAAAAAAAAAAAACUCUCUAGCAAUACACACCAAAUUGAGCAUGUGUGGUUUGCCCCUAAGGCUCUGUUGUAUCAGGAAAUGGAUUGGGGACUAGAAGACAGGAUCAAACAGCCUUUUUAAACAAUGCAGAGGAAUAACCCCUUAGGUUCCACAGUGAGUAUAACAAGCAUGCUUUACUGCAUAUACAGACUGAUUUUACUGUUGUGGGUUUAG